AUGAACGCAUCAGUACAUUCUACAACCACAUACCCAGCCUUCGAACUUCUGUAUGGGAGGAAAGCGGCACACUUUCUGUCGGCGCCGGACGUCACCGGAGGGAUUCACGACUACGCCAAGAAUCAUCAACAGAUGCACAAGGACGCAUGGGACGCAGUCCAAUUGGCCACGGCACGUACGAAGACACAACAUGUUACGACCGACGCCACGCCAAUCCACCCGACAUCGCAGAAGGCGACUUGGAAUGAUAGCAGCGAUGAUAGCAACAGCCGGGAGCGGAUCUCACUCAACGUUCCUCCGCACCGGUUACAUCCGACAAAGGAUGCCAUCAAAUUUCGAGCGCUAGACGCCAUAGUCAUUUGGCAAGAUUCUGAGGGCCAAGAGCAGCGUGCUGAACCUGUAUCUCUCGACGUAGACUUUGAUAAUGAUGAAAAUACUGCGUAUUUCCGUCUGCAUACCAACAUUCGUCUCAGGACUAGGAGACGAGCCUUGUAUCUAUGCAUACCCCCGGAGACUGUCUUAUCCAUCACAUAUAAGAAUGAGGAGAAUAUACGGUCACUGGAUUUCUCAUUAACCCAAAAGCCCGAGUUCAUCAUCCCUCCAGAACCCCUUGAAAGCAGAAAGACUACCAAAAACUUGGUGGAGAAGUUCACGGCGCUUUCCAGCAUGACCCAGUUCACCGUUAAGCUACAAGAGCACAAACCAACACAACCAGAUGGCCUCAGUGUGAUAAGAUCGGCGGAUCUCAAGAAGAUCGCCUCUAUAUUCAGGCCCCGUCCCAAAACGGAUCGCAAACGUGCUAAUAUUCAAGGCCUGUAUGCUGGCAAACCAGGCCGAAUCUUUGAUGCAAGCACUACUGCGACGAGUGGUAGUCUUGAAGCAGAGAUUCCACCGCCAUAUCAUCUUCCCAAGUCUAGCCAAAGUCGUAAAAAACGCAAGCGCGGGGACUCCAACGUGGAUGACAAUGAACUCUCUAAAAACCACGAUGCUACACUACUUGAGAAACGUCUAGAAAGAAUAGAGUGCUCUCUUUCAACCGUGGUUGAAAUGGUUGGGAUUUUAAUACGAUCGACACAAGAUAACGAUGAUAGAUAUCGCCAGCUUGAAUCUGAAGAGAAAGAGGUUCUAUUCCAAGACGUCCGUGAUCAGGUCAAUAACACUCUUGACGAGCGUGUGGACGAUUUGCUGGUUGAAUGCGAGGGCAAAGUCAGAGAAUGCGAACAUGAACUAGACCAGAUUCUGGACGAAAAACGCGACAAGGUAAAAGAGGCUUAUGAAAAACAGCUCAAGAGGUUGGAUGAAAUAGCAAGUGACCAUCAAGACCAAGUGAUAGCAAAUACGCGGGAAAUGAUUGCGGAAUCUGUAAACGAGCAAAUCCAAGCUGAAACUCUUGCCAUGGGCGGCGCUAAGCAUCUGGAUAUUAUCACAGAAAGCGUUAACGAAGGCUGGAAUAACUCGAUUCCCUUGAUAGGGGCUCAGCCCCAGCCGGAUUUCUCUCUUGGCUUUAACCGGUAG